AUGAACUACUCUACGUGGAUAGAGGAGAAGAACCUCAAGAAAACCUUCAUUGUAGCGACGCUAUGUUCUACCAUAGUUGGUACCUUCACAACGACGAUGAAUCUCUACGAUGCGGUACAGGCUCGCAAGGAACAGAAGAAGACGGAUGGCAAGCAAAAUCAGGAGCUCGAGGCCCUGCGUAAGCGCAUAGACCAGGCCGAGGAGCGCGCAAAGGAGAAGGACAAGGAGCGCGACGAAUAUACGCGCAACUUCCAGCACUCGUCGCAGCUCAUACAGCGGCAGUACGACGAGGGCUACGGGCGGCUGGGCAGCAGAUUCGCCCAGGGAGACACAAUAACAGAGAACCUCCUCCAAAAGCAAAUCAUCCAGCUGCAACAAACCGUCAUCAAUGUCCUCCAAGACGCCCUCUACAACGACCGCCAGCUCUCCCGCGCCGACAUGGCCAAGCUCGCCGCUGCCUCCGACGCCGCCCGCGAGGGCUCCAUCGAUGCCCUCCGCCAACAACAACAGCGCCUCGCCGGCAUCGACGAGCCCCCUUCCCGCCGCGACUCCCCCAUGCGCGCGCUCCCCGCCCCCAAACGCGCGUCAACCGUCGUCGAAGAUGAACCCCUGUUCUGCCGGUACGCCCUCAGUGUACAGUUCAGGCCCGCGAAGCCGCUGGCCGGCGAUUUCGCACCGGGAGGAGACUGUCGCUGUCCCGAUUGCGGCCGGCGUAUCGACGCAACGGCGGACGACUUCUGGCAGAUCGGGAAGCGCACGCCCGUCGUGUACGGCGGGAAGGAAGUCACUGAAGCCCGCGAGUUCCACCUGGGCCAGCGCUUCGUGAUUAAGUGCCAUACCCCUGACGGCGACUACGCAUGCGUGCUGUGCAACAAGCACCGGGACCGGGAUGCCGUGUGCAGGACCGUGGAGGCGCUGGUGAACCAUGUCGGGCGCUUUCACGAUGUGGAGGAGCUGGAGCGAGAGGUGGAUUUGAAGGAGACGGUGCCGAUGGUGUUGGCGGCGCCGCGGUGA